UAACCGAAUGAGCCCUUAAAAUGCAACUCGUUAAUAUUCUGUGGUUUGGUCUGUUGAUCACUCCACAGGCACUUGCUUUGAAUACCUGUGAAGGACAAUCAUUUGGCUAUAAAAUUACGAAUCCAGAGAAACCAGAAUCAUAUUUCUUAUGUUUGGGAUUUAUGGGUCUAAAACUGGACCAGAACUGCAAUGAUGGUUUUCGGUUCAGUCAGCAGCUUCAAACUUGCGUAGACAAGGAUAAGUCUACGAAAGAACCAACUGAAAACGUAACCCCAGAAAAACCGAUUUUCUUUAAUAUCUUUGGUUACUUUUGGCCAUCGUCACAGUCAACUGAAGUAAAAAAACCAGAAAACUCAUCUGUUAAAGUAAUAUCUCAAAGUGCAUUGCUAUUAAAUUCAGAACUUUCGGAGAAUGAAUCGGAACCAUUAAAUGAUGAUACAACGGAAGCUUCUGAAGAACAGGGGUCAACUUUAUCUACAGAUAACACAUCUGAUGACUUUAGUUACUUCUACAGUGGUGAUGGACCAACUUCAGAAGAGCCAUCGCUUUCCACUGUGACUGAUUCGAUUCAAGAUACGUCAACGGAAAAUGAUGUCAUAGUUUCAGACGAGCCAAGCUCUGAAGAACCUCUACCUGAAGACUCUUUCAUUCAACUAUCUCAAGAUAUUUUUGCAAACUCCAAUGAACACUUUCAGGAAAUUAACAUUUCAAGCUCAGAAGAGCCAUCUCAGGACACUUCGACUGAGGAAAAUAUUUCAAGUUCGGAGGAACCAUCUUCGUCAGAUGUUACUGAACCUUCCCAGGAACCAAGCUCUGAAGAACCCUUACCUGAAAACCCUUUUAUUGAACUGUCGCAGGAUAUUUUAGAGAACUCUAAUGAAGGGCCACCCCAGGAGACUUCGACUGAGGAAAAUAUUUCAAGUUCGGGGGAACCAUCAUCGUCAGAUGUUACUGAAGCUUCCCAGGAACCAAGCUCUGAGGAACCCUUACCUGAAAACCCUUUCGUUGAACUGUCGCAGGAAAUUUUCGAGAACUCUAAUGAAGAGCCAUCUCAGGAGUCUUCGACUGAGCAAAAUAUUUCAAGUUCGGAGGAACCAUCGUCGUCAGAUGUUACUGAACCUUCCCAGGAACCAAGCUCAGAGGAACUCUUACCUGAAAACCCUUUCGUUGGACUGUCGCAGGAUAUUUUCGAGAACUCUAAUGAAGAGCCACCCCAGGAGACUUCGACUGGUGAAAAUAUUUCAAGUUCAGAGGAACCAUCUUCUUCCGAUGUGACUGAACCAUCACAGGAACCCUUACCUGACAACGUUUUUAUUCAAUUGUCUCAGGAUACUUUCGUCAACUAUGACGAACCGUCUGAAAAUACUUUUGAUGAAGUUAACUUUUCAAGUUCUGAAGAGUCUUCUCAGGAUACUUCUGAAAGGGGUCAUGAUAUUUCAUCUCUGGAACCAUUGAAAAAUUAUCCAAUAUCUUCGCAUUUUACGAAAGAAUCUCCAAUCUCUAAAGGGGAGAAUUUAAUUCUUAGCCCAUUGCUAAGUGAGUUGUCGCCGACUAAGUCAAUCGAAGAGGAGCAUUCAAAUUCAAAGAAACAAUUGGGACUACAUGUCAUAUCAGGACACGAAAAACUAACACUUUGCAGCUUCUUACCAGAUGGAACAUUCCUACGGGACUUAAGGUCAUGCAACAAAUUUUUCGUGUGUGCAAAUAGUCGUAUUUUUGCAGGACACUGUCCAGAUGAGCUAUAUUUCGACAUUGACAACAGGGUAUGCAAUUUCCCUAGUCUCGUUGAAUGUAAAAUCGAUGAGAGGCACAUUUCUCAUCCCUUGAAUAAGAUUCUUUCGUUGGAAGCUAGCUCCAUUGCUGAGAGAGAUGCCAAUGAAGAUGUCACUUCCAAUGAAAAGGCAUCGUUGCCAAGUGAACUAAUAUCAGAAGUAUUACUAAACACUUCGAACUCUGAACCAGUGUCUGCACCCAAUGAAGAAUCAUCCGCAGAAGUCAAUAUACCUAAAGAAUUUGAAUCUUCUUCGGUUUCUCCAUCAGAAACGUAUCCUACUACUGAAGAACCUUCUUUAGAUAAUACUUCCACAGAGGAAUCCAUUCCAAGCCCUGAAGAACCUGCUCCUGAAAAACCAUCCACUCCCCUUCCCCAAGAACCAUCAUCUCGUCCUCCAAAAGAACCAUCUCCUGAAGGAAAGCCUACCUCUGCUCCCGAAGAGCCACCAACCCCUCCAUCAAAAGAACCAUCUCCGGGGGGCAAACCCACACGACCUCCAAAAGAGCCAUCUCCUGAAGGGCAGUCUACACCUGCACCGGAAAAGCCAUUAUCCCCACCUCCUAAAGAACCAGCUCCUGAAGGAAAACCUACCCCUGCUCCCGAAGAGCCUCCAAAAGAACCAUCCCCCGAAGGAAAACCUACCCCUGCUCCCGAAGAGUCAUCAACCCCACCUCCAAAAGAACCAUCUCCGGGGGGUAAACCCACACGACCUCCAAAAGAGCCAUCUCCUGAAGGGCAGUCUACACCUGCACCAGAAAAGCCAUUAUCCCCACCUCCUAAAGAACCAGCUCCUGAAGGAAAACCUACCCCUGCUCCCGAAGAGCCUCCAAAAGAACCAUCCCCCGAAGGAAAACCUACCCCUGCUCCCGAAGAGUCAUCAACCCCACCUCCAAAAGAACCAUCUCCGGGGGGUAAACCCACACGACCUCCAAAAGAACCAUCUCCUGAAGGGCAGUCUACACCUGCACCAGAAAAGCCAUCAUCACCACCUCCUAAAGAACCAGCUCCUGAAGGAAAACCUACCCAUGCUCCCGAAGAGUCAUCAACCCCACCUCCAAAAGAACCAUCUCCGGGGGGUAAACCCACACGACCUCCAAAAGAGCCAUCUCCUGAAGGGCAGUCUACACCUGCACCGGAAAAGCCAUUAUCCCCACCUCCUAAAGAACCAGCUCCUGAAGGAAAACCUACCCCUGCUCCCGAAGAGCCUCCAAAAGAACCAUCCCCCGAAGGAAAACCUACCCCUGCUCCCGAAGAGUCAUCAACCCCACCUCCAAAAAAACCAUCUCCGGGGGGUAAACCCACACGACCUCCAAAGGAGCCAUCUCCAGGAAGAAAGACUACUCCAUUUCCAAAAGAUCAGCCUUACGAAAAACCAUCUACUCCUGCCUCCGAAGAACUACCACGUACCGAUUGCACACUCUUACAAAACGGAGUCUUCCUUCGAGAUCCUCAGUUAUGUGGCAAAUAUUACGUCUGCAUCAAUGGCAAAGCCAUUCCUCAACACUGUCGAAACGGACUCUAUUUUGAUAUAAAGAAGAAAGUUUGCAAUUUUCCUAGUUUAGUUGAUUGCUCUAAUGGCAUCGAAGAGGCCGAAACAGAUGCACAUGUUUUGAAGAUUAAGAAAGGAUCGAUAACACUAGAAUCUUCUCCUAAAAAACCAACUCGUGUAGAAUCAUUGUCGUCUUUUGCUGUUGCUGAGGAGAUUGGAUCGUCGUCCCAAGAAGGCACCGAUUGUACCUACCUAGAAAACGGAAUCUUCCUACGAGAUCCUCAGCUGUGUGGCAAAUUUUACGUAUGCAGCAAUGGAAAAGCCAUUCCUCAACAUUGUCCAGAUUUCCUGCAUUUUGACUUAAAGAAAAAUGUUUGCAAUCACCCAAGUCUAGUUGAUUGCUCGAAUGACAAUGCAAGAUCCAAAGUACCUGACUGUGGCGACUUGCCAAACGGUGCUCAUAUCAGGGACGAUCAAUCGUGUAGUAAAAUUUAUAUAUGCGCCAAUGGUGUGCCCAUAGCACGACAAUGUCCCCAUGGUCUUAAUUUUGAUAUAAUCCAGGGCUAUUGCAAUAUACCCAGUCUAGUGAAUUGCUCCAUUAAAAACUCAAUAGAGGCAAAUUCCCUUCAAACUGAACGCGAUCUACCCGACUGCAGUGGCAAAGAGGAUGGUACCAGCAUACGGGACUCAAAGAUGUGCAAUAAGUACUUUAUAUGCCGCAAUGGACAGCCAAAAAUACAUUAUUGUACCUCUGGCAAUUGGUUUGACAUCGAUCGUCAGAUCUGCGCCAAUAAACGGAGUGUAGAGUGCAAUAUUGAAAUGUAAAUAAUCUGAAAUGCUUUGGUUAGCUAAAAAACGAAAAUUGUGCGGCUUAACGGGAUAGCAAAUGUUAACUUAUAAGUGGCGUAUAAGAAUUAAAUACAAUUUAGUAAGUCUUUACUAAUUAAUCGA